AUGGCGGCGGCCGCGCUGAGGCGCCCGGCUGAGGAUCCUGUGACCUUUAAUGAUGUUGCUGUGUACUUCUCCUGGGAGGAAUGGAGGCUCCUUAUUGAGUCUCAGAGACGCCUAUACCACGAUGUGAUGCUGGAAAACUUUGCACUUAUAUCUUCUCUGGGUUGUUGCCAUGGAGCAGAGGAUGCAGAGGCACCCUUGGAACGGAGUGUUUCUAUAGGAGUGUCACAGGCCAGCUCCUUCAAGGCAGCUCUGUCUUCCCAGAAGAUCCACUUCUGUGAGACUUGUGGUCCAGUCUUGAGAGACAUAUUCCAUUUGGCUGUGCCGCAAGGAACACCACACACCCAGAAAGUGUUCAAGUGUGGGGUAUGUAUGAAACAAUUUUAUUUUAGAGCAAACAUCCAAAAACACCAGAAAAAGAGAAAAACUUGUCUCACCCUUGGAGAAUGUAAGAAAUCGUUCAGACCCAAAUGCGCACAUACUGAGGACCAAGGUGUUCACAGUGGAAGACAGUGUUUUAUGUGUUGUGAAUGUGGGAAAGCAUUCAGGUAUCAGUCCUCGUUAGAAGUUCACCAGAGAGUGCACACUGGUAAAAGGCGUCAUGUGUGUAGCGAAUGCGGCAAGACUUUCAGAAGAACCUCAACCCUCAAUCAGCAUAGAAGAAUUCAUUGUGGGGCAAGGCAGUACAAGUGCGGCAAAUGUGGGAAGACCUUUAACCAUACAUUUGUCCACAUUUAUCCCUGGAGAAGUCACACUGGAAAAAAAUGUGACUUAUGCUGUGAAUGUGUGCAGUCUUUUCACCUUAGAUCCAUCCUUAUACGACAACGGACAGUUCACUCUGGAGAAAGGCGUUAUGAGUGCACACGGUGUGGGAAAUCCUUUAGGAGAAAAUUUUACCUCAUUGUACAUUGGAGGAUUCACACUGGAGAAAGGCCUUAUGAAUGCGGUGACUGUGGGAAAACUUUUACCAGUAGUUCAGUACUUAUUCUGCACCGGAGCAUACAUACAGGAAAAAGGCCUUUUGAGUGUAGUAAAUGUAGGAAAUCCUUUACCAGUAGUUCGAUACUCAUUCUACAUCAGAGAGUACACACAGGAAAAAGGCCUUAUGAGUGCACUGAAUGUUGGAAAUCCUUUAGCCAACAAUCUUACCUCACUCAACACCGGCUAGUUCACAGUGGAAGAAAGUCUUAUGAAUGCAAUGAAUGUGAGAAAUCUUUUACCUCUCGCUCUGGCCUUCGAUACCAUCUGAGAGUUCACACUGGAAAAAGGCCUUAUCAGUGCAGUGAAUGUGGGAAAUCUUAUACCUAUCCCCAUGGCCUUCGUUAUCAUCUUAGAGUUCACACAGGUGAAAGACCUUAUCAGUGCAGUGAAUGUGGGAAAUCUUUUACAUCUGGUUUCAUCCUCAGUAAUCAUCAGAGAGUACACAAAAAAGAAAGACCUUAUCAGUGCAGUGAAUGUGGGAAAUCCUUUAUCCUAAGACAGCAUCUUCUUCUGCACCAAAGAUUUCACACAGGUCAAAUGCCUUAUCAAUGUAGUGAAUGUGGAAAAUCAUAUAGUUCAAAGUUCAAUCUCAUUCAACAUCAGAGAAUUCAUACAGGAGAAAGGCCUUAUCAGUGUAGUGAAUGUGGGAAAUCUUUUACCUCUAGCUCCGUCUUUAAUUAUCAUAAGAAAGUUCACACUGGAGAAAGGCCUUAUCAGUGCGGUGAAUGUGGGAAAUCUUUUAUAUCAAGUUCUAACCUCAAUGCUCAUCAAAGAGUACACACAGGAGAAAGACCUUAUGAAUGCAUUGACUGUGGGAAAUCCUUUUUCCGAAAAUAUCACCUUCGCACACACCAGAGAGUUCACACAGGAGAACGGCAUCAGUGCAAUGAAUGUGGGAAAUCUUUUGCAUCUAGUUUUAAUCUCAGAAAUCAUCAAAGAGAUCAUACAGGAGAAAAGCCUUAUGAAUGCAGUGUAUGUGGGAUAUCUUUUACCACUAGGAGGAAACUUCGUUAUCAUCAGGUAGUUCACACUGGAGAUGGGCCUUUUGAGUGCCAAGAGUGUGGGAAAUCUUUUACUUCUUGUUAUGCUCUUCGUGAUCAUCAGAGGAUUCAUACCAGCAAAAAGUCUUAUGAAUGUAGAGAAUGUGGGAAAUCUUUUUCAUCUGGCUCCGGCCUCCGUUAUCAUCAGAGUGUUCACACUGGGUUAAGGCCUUAUGAGUGUAGUGAAUGUGAGAAAUCUUUUCUCAAGAGCUCAACACUCAUUCGACAUCAAAGAAGUCACACAGGAGAAAGGCCUUAUUUAUGCAGUGAAUGUGGGAAAUCCUUUACACGGAGAAAUCACCUUCUUGUACACCAACGAGUUCACUCAAGUUAAAGUCCUUAUGAGUACAGUGAUGUGGUAAAAUCUUUAAGGAUAGUUCCCAGUCCAAUUAACAUAGAGUUCACACUGCCGGCCGUUGUGGCUCAGUGGUUGAGUGUCAACCCAUGCACCAAGAGGUUGCUGGUUCGAU